AUGAAGACUCUGGUGAUUGUGUCCCUGCUCCUGUGUGCGUUGGCGUGCACCGUCCAGGUGAGAGCCGAGGUGAAGGCGGUGAAGCUGUGUGGUCGAGAGUUCCUGAGAGCCGUGGUCUACACCUGCGGAGGCUCCCGCUGGAGGAGACUCCUCACCGAGUCAGACGGGGACGCUCUGCCGACAGAGGAACAGAGCAGCCUGGAGAACCAGAGCGGCGGCAGCAGCUCCUCGACCGCUGCACUGACCAGACGAGACAUGAAUAACAUACUGACCAACGCGUGCUGCCAGGUGGGCUGCAGGAAGAGUGACCUGACCUUCCUCUGCUGA